AUGUCUUUUGCUGCUCUGGGUCUGGUUCCUCCUCCAACUUUCUGCAAGAAGAGGGGCAUUGAGGGCUUUCGUUCACAUUUAAGCUUGUGUGGUGUUGUCGUCGGCGACCUCGUGAGCACUAGCGUUCCACGUCCUCCGGGCCCUGUGCCUAGCAUGACACCUGCCUCUCGACGGGGUCUAAUAAGCUGGGCAGAGCUUGACUUCAGAGCGUAUGUGUUUGGCGCCAUCCGCAAUGAACGUAAUGAAUUCACAGAUGCGUUUAUAAAACAACUUCGCCUUCGUCCCGAUAAAUUCGUCGUCGUCUCACGUUCGGAGACCGAUGCGGGUCAAUGGUUGGAGUUAUUUGGGGGAGACCAAGACGAGACUUUCUAUCAGAUGAGAAGCCGUAUGUUCGAGGCGCCGAUGGCUUCUUUCAAUAACCGACCAGUAGGUCAUGGUGCAUGGGACAACAUUCGAAUGGGCAGAGACGUGCUCUACAGUACCGGCCAAGCGGGUGAGAUGGAUAUAACAGGAUACUUGAGGAAACUCGAGACAGAGAGGAACGAAGGCUGGCUCUUUUGGCUCAAGAAGGAUCGCUUCAAGGUCAAAUACCUCCUCAUUUUGGACGCACAACCCAACCGAUCCGGUAUACAGCUGAUUCAGGACGUUGCUUGGGCGGCAAUGUGUGCGGCAGGCUAUGUGCGAGGAGCGUAUUCCAUUCAGAAAUAUGUCAAGGCCACAGAUGCACUCCUACAAGCAAAGAUCACCGAGCGACUUUCCUGGCUGCCGCCUAGCUAUGCGCUGACUUUCCCGGUGAGCAAUCAUCAUAAUGCCCUGUUGAAAGCCCGAUAUGCGAGGUACCAGGCCUAA